CGCCGACACAAACACCAUGUCUCCCAAACCCCCCUAGGGGCUUGGAACAAAUUUCCCAGGGAAUGUCCAACCUUCUUGAGGAAGGUUUCCCAGGAAGAGUUCGCAGAAUUGCCACGGCGGUCUCCGUCCGAGGUCGGGGGCCUGUCCACAUUUCAUAUUCUGGCCAUGUCUUAAUCCAGGUCGGCACCACAUCAUUAGAGGUUGGGUUGCCUCGACAGGUAGCCGCCGAGGUCAACGCGAGGAAGCACGGGCAACCGGCGGCCGGUGUGACGGCGCCCGCCCAGCCAGACCGACUCGUGCAGAUGCACCUCUUCGUUACUCGGGCUCCGAACGCUGAGGACCCCCAGGCGAAAGGCCCUCCGCGCAACCCCAAGAAGAUCCAGCUCCACGGAGAUCAGACUGCUGCGCAGCGGCCUUACACCCAGGCAGAGCUGAUGGCGUGGAUGAAGCACCCGAAGACAAAGAGCGACGACAUGAAGGAAGUGUUGCAGAAACCCGAGAAGAGCAGGCCCAACCAGGUGGGCCACACGUUUGUGUGGAACGGCAGGCCACAGUGGAAAGCGCUGUUCGAGCACGUGAAGGGCGUUCACAAGCGGAAGUCUCCCGAAGGCGAGGCCCCCCAAGUCGGUGUGUUUUUCUGCGGUGCACCCGCCAUCGGCAAGGACCUCACGAGGAGCAGCCAAGCCUACUCCGACCAGGACAUCCUUUUCCGGAUCAUGAAGGAGAGCUUUUGAGCGCCAUGCAAUGUUCGUUCGCUUUCGGCAAGUUCUUGCCAUCACCAUGCAAAGGUGACGGGCGGCUGGCAUUAUGCCACCCCGUGUACCAUCGUAAGUAUGUCAAUGCCUGUUUUUCCACGAAGAACCUGCCACAUUGCCCGUCCGCCAAACUGCAAUACAGCAGAUAUUGACGUUGGCGUUUGGACAGUGUUUGGUUGUAGGAGCCUUCUGAACGCCAGCCGACAUGGGCGCGCACAAAGGCUGGCGUUCGUUACAGGCCAGCGCAAAUAUAUUCAAGAGCCGGCACAUUGUAUGUGAUCUGCAUUUUGUGGAGAACGUGUUGGAUUCGUCGUCGCCUGGAGAGUAUCGAACAUCCAUUUGUCUUCCCAGGACGCUUCCUUGCAUAAUCCUUGCAGGCCGCAGACUGACGAGCUGUUCGGCAGGUUCCUUUGGUGCAGCGACGAGAGAGCCUGACAUGUUGGGCCCAGCCAAGCCCUCGUACAGACGGGCCUCUUGGCUGCGGGACUGCGACAGCCACAGAGCAGCAAGGCCUAUGAAAAAUCAGAAGAUGCCCGGUGUUUGACUAUACUCUGCCAUCCCUGGCCGUUUGCAACUUGCCUCGCGGUCCAGCUCACGCCCUCGGCGCGCUGGUUCUCCCUGGGCUUCCCUCUGCUCGUCCUUGUCCCUCGCACCGACCUCACAACGCCAGUGUACAGUCAAGCCCUUACAGUCAGGCAUAUGAUUAACAGCUCUUGGAGAGCUGUGCCAGCAAUUCUUGACCAAAUUGCUUGAAAGCUGGCCCAGUUUCUUCAGCACGUUUGUCCCUCCAGCGUGAAC